AUGGGUGAUAUGAGAGGAUGGGACAGACAGGAAAGCAAUCCAAGAGGCAGUGCGUGCGAGGGGAAGACGGGCGAGAGCAGAGCUGUCUCACUGGCCGGCUGGCUUGGAGGAACAGAGAAUGGAGGCAGCAGACGAAGAAGAAGCAGACAUCAGAGCACAAAGAGCUGCUGCAACAACAGGACGCAGGUCACUUAA